GCUCAAGAAGAGGGAGGAGAACGAGGCCUCGCUGAAGGAGAGCGAAGGACAGCGCCAUCCCAGCUUCUCCACCGUAAUGGCGCUGCCUCUGAGGUCCUUAAGUCGGGGCUUGGCCAGCGCAGCCAAGGGCGACCACGCAGGGGCCGGAGCCAGCACCUGGCGCCUCCUGACCUUCGUGCUGGCGUUGCCCAGCGUAGCGCUCUGCACACUCAACUGCUGGCUACAUGCGGGUCACCGCAAGCGCCCCGAGUUCAUCCCCUACCACCACCUGCGCAUCCGCACCAAGCCCUACUCCUGGGGCGACGGCAACCACACGCUCUUCCACAACCCCCACGUCAACGCUCUGCCCACGGGCUACGAGCACCCCUGAGGCCCCAGCGGACAAUCCCCAGCGCAAUAAAGAUGUGAAAGGUU